UCAUGAAGACUCUGACUCUUCUGUCCAUCUGUGCCCUUCUGUCAGUGUGCUGGUCCAUGGGAGCUAUUGAGCCAGAGGUUGUCGUGGACCCUGAUGCUGACACAGAGGUUGACGCUGCACCUGCUGACCCCGCUGACUCCGCCGACCCCGCUGACUCCGCCGACCCCGCCGACCCCGACGACCCCGACGCCCCUGACGCCCCCGAUUCAUCAUCCUCAUCCUCCUCCGAGUCUGAUUCGUCCUCGGCCUCCGACUCCAACUCUUCCUCAGACUCUUCAGCAUCUGACUCGUCUUCCUCCUCCUCCUCCUCCUCUUCCUCCUCUGAGUCUACCGAGUCGUCUUCCUCUGAGUCCUCCUCCUCUGAGUCUGACUCCUCGGCAUCCGACUCCACCGCCUCUGAAUCUUCCCCUCCUUCUUCAUCCGAGUUAGCCAGUGUUGAUCCGUCUGAGGUGUUCAUGAAGAGUGACAUGGCGGCUGUUCUCCUGAGGAGAAGAAGAGCUGCCCCAGCAGGAGGCCUCAGCCUUCUGCAGCUGGAGAGCCUGAGAGAGGUGUGUGAGCUGAACAUUGCCUGUGACGAGAUGGCUGAGACUGCAGGCAUCGUCUCCGCAUACAACGCCUACUACGGACCCGUCCCCUUCUAA